CAAACUAUGUGUUUUACAGUGAGAAACGAGCCUCUGAUUGGUGUUUCUGGAAGGAGUUACUUAACGCUCACAACACUAUACUAUAAAUCGGUCGUAUGCAGGUGAUGUAAAAAUAUCCAAGAAUGAAGUCUCAACAACAAACAGGAUGGAGUUUUGUCACCUUUAUUUAAUAGGAAUCAAUGAGUGAUACUGAGUUCAAGCCCCAGGACUAGCAUCGCAUGUGUGCACUAUCCGCGUAAGGAGACUGUGUCUUAAAUUGAAAGACAGUCAUGCCUCUGAUCUACACUUCUGGAAAGGUUUACUGAUUGCUAACGUCAAUAUACUAGACGUAAGUCAUAUGCAGUUGUUGCAGAAACAGUGAAGUUGUCAACAACUAAAAAUAGGAGGAGUUUUGUCACCUUUAUAGGAAUAAAUGAUGAUACUGACCAGACUGAAAAAAUCACUGUAUGUUUGGAUAUACUAUGUUACAAAUUUCAAACUGACAGCCUAACAAUUUCAUUCUCAUGAGCAUUCAGUUAUACCACAGACAGCUUCACUCCUUGUUGUCUUGCAGUUGGCCUGAUUUAUUUAUUACAUGCCUGGCUCCUUUGAGCACUGUCCUGAAAUUCUAAUGAUUAAAAUUGCUUUCAUGCAAAACCAAAUUGACAGGUUGAAGAGUGUUUAAAUGAAGUGGUAUAUUAUUUUUUAAUGAGAUCUUUAUAAGCUAAUAACUUUAGUUUUUUGAAAUGACCCACUAAUUCUGCAUGUCUGAGUAGUAUUAAAGGAAUCAAGGAUACCUUAGGGAUAUGUGAAAGAUCAGUCUUUACAAUUUGUCAAUUUUCUUAAAAUGUAGAUACAUCAACUUUAGUAUAAUGCGGUGUAUUUAAAUUGUAAUACAUUUCAGGUGUUAUAGUUUAUUAGGUAAAUGCUUUAUUGUAUUCACAUGCAUUCUUUUAAAAUGUAAAUAGAUCAUCUGCCUUGACUCCUUACAUAGGUGUCAUUUUAUACAUAAAAUGUAAAUUUAUGAAAAAUUUAAUAAAUAUGGAUUUCCUGAGAAUUGAAGAGAAAUAUACUAUGGAAAUACUACUCUAAUGCUAUAUUUUUAUUGGUAUUGUUUUACCUAAGAAUUCCUGGGGGGGGUUUUGAUGAUGAUGUUUUGUACCUGGGAUUGAACCCAAGGCCCUUACAUUCUAGGAGAAUGUACUACCACAUGAACCUCCCCAGCCUUGUUUUGCCUAAUAAUUACAUUGUGAUGUACAUAAUAUAAGGAUUGAUAAGUAAGAGUUCUAGUUGUUGCUAAGAAACAAUGGCUGUGCCCUACUUAUUCUUAGGUGGACAAAGCAUUCUUACAUUAACCAGGAAAAGAAAACUACCUAUAUUUAGAAAGCUGAAUCAAUAGUUUUACGUCAAGUUAACCGUAAUCUUCCAUUGUUGGACAUAUGGGAUUUUUUUAGAUAAAAAAGAAUCAUCAGAACAACUUUACAGGCCUCAAAGUUUGUAAAGAAAAAGACCAUGGACAUGGAAACCCAAUACACACCAAAGAAGAUAAAGUUCCCAAUAAGGACCAUCCUUUGUAGAAGAAAGGCUGUUGAGAAUGUAGACUAUCCACAUUACUGCGAUGUCUUGAGAAAAUUGAACAUACCUUCUGUGAAAGGUCAUGAGGAUAGACAUGACUGUGGCAGAUUUGAAAAGAAAGGCGAUCCUGCUUUUCUUAAAUUUCAUCCUUACCCCCCUUCAUUCCUGCCAGACUAUCAUUUAUACUGUCCUUAUCCCCCUCCAUAUGGUUCACAUUAUCCAUUGUUUCCACUUCGGGAUGAUGUGCCCUUAUGUGACCCCUGUUCAGGGUUUGUCAGUCCAGGCAGUGAUGCUGAUUUAAAGCCUGGCAUUGGCAGAACCAUACCAAACUUGGGGAGUUUCAAAGAUGUGAAACCUCAAAAUCGAGUUCCUAGACCAGACACGGGAUUUCAAACAACAAUAAAAAGGCAGACAAUUUUAUUAGAAGAACUACAGCAGGACAGGAAAUGGAAUUCCAGGGCAGUACAAAACAUUUCCAUCAGAGCAAGACUUGGAGGAUGGACAAGCAAAUCAAAAGUUAUUCCUGAUUCACCUCACCAGGAAGGCUUUCCAGUAGAUCAUACAUACGUGUUUGAUGAUGAACCAACAACUACAGAAAAUGAUGAGCCAUAUGUCCAACCAAACAACUAUAGUGCAAAGGAUUCAUUUUACAAGUCUACUACACAAAAAGCUUUUGAAGAUGUUCCUUGGGACAAGAUACUGCUACCAAAACUGGAGCCAGAAGAAACAACACUAGAAAAGGCUCCUGAUGUUGUGUCACAGUGCUGCACACUGAACAGAUAUGAAAACAAGCCAGCUGUGACACAGAUGAUCGGUGGACUCUGGGACAGAUUUCAGACAAGAUCCUUCUUAACACCAGUCAAACCAAUCAAUUUUGUGAGUUCAAGUACUAGAAGUAGAUAUAUCCCUUACUAUACUGGUCACGUGCAGUCCACAAACGCAGAUGACGUGGACAAUCCCUAUGGAGACAUCACAUCCCUUGCCAAGCCUCGGCACUCUAAACUGCUUUACACAAACUCCAGCUGUGCUGCAAAUAUCCCAGGAUACACAGGCAAGGUUCAUUUCACUGCCACCCACCCAGCAAAUACUUCUCUUCCACCAACAACACCAUCGCAGGACUCAGAAGUGAACCGCAUUUUGCGGACAGGCAUGAAAGUGGACCUCUUCCGUCACCAGGCACCACUAUCCAGAAUGGUCACCACUGUGAAACCCUACAACCCCUUCAACAAGAAGGAAAAAGUAACUUUAGACUACUAG